AUGUCCGCCUACUCGUCCGAAGACGACCUCCCUGAUCUCAGCGCCAUCUUUGCGCCGAAGCCGUUGAUGGCCACCAGCACAAAUACCGGAUUGCGACGGUCCCCACGCAAGAAGCCCGUCCUCGAGGAAUCCACGUCGCCGCAGAAGAAACCACAAGGAGUACCGAGUCCUGUCAAGAGACGUGAGCUCAACAACUCCCAGCUCCCGGGCGAUCGUCGUUGUCGCAAAGAAGCCACGAAGCUGGAAAAGCCAACGCGGUCCAUCCUCAAACAUGUCCCGCUUCUCCCUCGAAAUUUAAACGUUGCCGAGACCCACGUCACUUCUAGCAACCGCCGCUCACCUGAGAGUCCUCAGAGAAGUCUGAGAUUGGCCCAUGUAGACUCAUUACUCAUUCCACUGAAGGCCUUGGCUGUGGAAGACGAUGGGUGGUCAGUGACGUUGGCAGAGUCGUCAAAGACUGAGAACCUACUCAAUCCUCGAGAGCGGGAGGAUACAUCGCGGCCAACAAGGUGUGACAAUCGCAAAAGGAAGCAGGUGUUCAAUCGUGUAAGCAGAUUCGUCAUGAAGGAGGCUCGAUGCAACGACGAUAGUGGGGAUUCAGGCACAGACGAAGAGGAUGACGAGGACACAGAUUUGAUCGGCUUCAUUGUUGACGAUGACGCCGAACUGAGCUACUACGAAACUUCAUCAUCAGAUCCGGACGAGGGUGAUUAUCGCAGACCAACAAUAAAAGCCUCACAAACGCGUCCGCGAAGACGGCUGCACCGGGGAUCGCCAACUCGGCGACGCCUCAGCUUUGGUGACCAUGGAGGGUCGGACAAGGAGAAUCAGCAGGAAGAGACGUUAUCAAAAGCACUGGGAGAUAUUUCUCUAGGGGAUAAGGAAUCCCAUGUUCGGAGAGGAGAUAUUGAAACGAUCGACCUCACCUCGUCCCCGACACUUUCUCCAGACACCACGUUUAAUACUCAACCCAGCUCACUCUCACUUCAAUCGCAACAUGAGAUUCCAUCAAGGAAUCCUUUUCAAGACCUAAAUCGUCUCAAAAACUUCGACAAUCUUCCUGAGCUUCCUCCACCUGCUGCUGAGCCUGUCUUGAUGAUUCCCUCGAAGGACCAGCCUGUCGAUACCGAUUUUGACAAUGACUUUAAAGACGUCGUUGAGAAACCCAUCGACACAAUGGAAGAUCACUUCAAAACACCACCUGCUACACCACCUCGAUCACCCUCAAAACUCAAAUCACCCUCAAAAUUGCUAUCCCCUUCCAAGCGACAGUUCAUCCCACAAUCACCACAUCGCCAGAGUAUGGACGCUUUCUGGGAUCAUAAUGUGAUCAACGAGUGGAAUGACGAGUACUCUCCAAAGAAGGCACCGGCGACGUCUCCAAGAAAAGGGCUGCUUGGUCGGUUCCAAGUGUGGUCAGACUCAGAGGACGACGAGCAAGACAUAAAUUUCGAUCGUUCUGAUUCACUUCCCAGUCCUUGCUUGUCACCGGCCAAGUCGAAAUCACCGUCCAAGAGUCCCGAGAAGGAAGAGAAGAAACGAUUAGCAGAAGAGAAGCGGGCAGCUGCAGCAAGGAAGAAGGCUUUUGACUCUAAGAAACAACAGUUUGCGCUUGACUUGUUACACGAGCUCGACGAUAAGGUCGCCAACUCCCAACUCGACCGACUAUCGUCCAGCACAGGCGGGGUGCGCAUCAUCUGGUCAAAGACUCUGCGCUCAACGGCUGGCCGAGCGAAGUGGAAGAGAACGAUCACCAAGCCAUCCAGCUCACCCAUCAAGGGCGGCGAUGUCAAUGAGACUAGGGAAUCGGGAGUGAAGGUGCAACACUAUGCGUCAAUCGAACUGGCUGAGAAGAUCAUCGACUGCGAAGACCGUCUGGUCAACACACUGGCGCACGAGUUCUGCCACUUGACGAACUUCAUGAUCAGUAACAUGCGCGAUCAACCCCAUGGCGCAAGCUUCAAGCAGUGGGCUGCCAAAGUCACGUCGCAUCUGCGAUCGACCGAUGUCGAGUCCUGGAAGAACGUGCACGUAACUACUAAACACAGCUAUGUAAUCAACCACAAAUAUCUCUGGGUUUGCGUCGGCCGCCAGGACAAAUCUGCCGCUAGGGAUUUUCUCAACUUGGGGGAGGACGAAGGAUGCGGAGUGGAGUACGGACGACAUAGUAAGAGUAUUGAUGUCGAGAAACAUCGAUGUGGGAAGUGUAAAGGGAGAUUGGUCCAGGUCAGGCCGAAGCCCAGAGCGAGUCCUGUCAAGAAAGAGAAACCAGAAGCCAAAGAGCCGCCGAGUCUGAAAAGAGAAGAGAGUGCCGAGAGUACGAUUUCGGGCAGCAGCACCACCAGCAGUGGCGGUGGACUGGGCCGGAUGAUUGAGAUUAUUGAGCUGAGUGACUGA